ACAGAGAACUGCCGUGUCCAGGUCCCUCGUUCAUUCAGCAACCGCGGCCCUGUUUCUACAGCUGUUGCUACUGCUUAGGGGCCACUGGGCGGGCGUAACCUUUUCCUGUGGAAAUCCCAAAGCAGUCGGCUCCUCCUCCCGCGGUGCGUGUUUGUGGGUUACGGACUGAUUGAGGAGGAGCUGAGCAUCGACUGCUGUCGCUUCAGCCGUCUGCGCCUGCCUCCGCUCCGUCUUCCUCGUCGUCGUCUUUUUCUCCAGCUUGCCCACUGCCUGCGGCCUCUCGGUGCUGCCAAACAUGCCCCAGCGGCUACUGGAGGAGGAGGAGGAGCGGCGGCGGUGCUGGAGAAGGCGACAUCCCUAGCCGGCUUGCAGGACCUACCUAUCGACCUGCCUUCCUUUCCCUCUGCGCGCGCCCUUUUCCCGUCCUCGCGGGGCGGGAGUGAAGAGGCUCCUGCGGCGCCUGUUCAAUGGGCAGUUUGCUGAGCGGCGUCAGCUUCAAGGAGCCUACCACGGUGGAGGACUGUGACUCUACCUGGGAGACGGACUCUGAGCCCGAGCUCCAGGACCCCGGCGGGGAAGAAGGGACGCCGCUGGAGGGGCUGGGGGGCAGAGGCGGAGGAGAAGGCGGCGGCGACCCAACUGAGGACGAGCAGCAGCAAGGGGAACCGCUCCCUGCGGCAAGGUGCCGGACGGAAGACGCUGAGCACACAGAAGGGGUUGCUGAGGAGACCGAGGAAGAUGACCUCGAAGAAGACGAGGAAGAGGAGGAGGAGGAAGAAGCGGAGGAGGGAGACGAACAUGGGGGAGCAGGGCGUGAAGAAACAGAGCCCCCCAGCACGGAACAGGGGGAUGAUGCAAUUGAAGUGACAGCUAAACCAAAGAGAAGCUUUUAUGCUGCAAGAGAUUUGUACAAAUAUCGGCACCAAUAUCCACAGAACUUUAAAGAUCUACGAUAUCAGAAUGAUUUGUGCAACCUCCGUUUUUACAAGAAUAAAAUUCCCUUUAAACCCGAUGGAGUUUACAUUGAAGAAGUCCUAAAUAAGUGGAAAGGAGAUUAUGAAAAGCUGGAGCACAAUCAUACUUAUAUACAGUGGCUUUUUCCAUUAAGAGAGCAAGGAUUGAAUUUCUAUGCAAAGGAAUUAACAACAUAUGAAAUUGAGGAAUUCAAAAAAACAAAAGAAGCCAUUAGAAGAUUCCUCUUGGCUUACAAAAUGAUGCUGGAGUUUUUUGGAAUAAAAUUAAUUGAUAAAACCGGGAAUGUGGCACGGGCUUCCAACUGGCAAGAAAGAUUCCAGCACUUGAAUGAGUCCCAACAUAACUACUUGAGAAUCACCCGUAUUUUGAAGAGUCUUGGUGAACUUGGAUAUGAGAGUUUCAAGCCUCCCCUUGUAAAAUUUAUUCUUCAUGAAGCACUUGUGGAAGAUACCAUACCCAACAUUAAGCAAAGUGCUUUGGAAUAUUUUGUAUAUACCAUUAGAGACCGGAGAGAUAGGAGGAAACUCCUACGGUUUGCCCAGCAGCACUUCAUACCCUCUGACCACUUCAUAUGGGGACCACCAAGGAAACAGAAGUUGGAAGGAAGCAAGCCAAGUAAAAAGCUGGCAUCACCAGUUUCUCUUCGUAGCAGCUGUGCUUCUAAACAUAAGAAGGGAAGAGACUGCAAGAAUGUGUCCAUGGUUUGUAGCAAAGCAGCCAAUGAGAAAAGGGCAGAGCAUAUUAAAAACGAUGACAGUUGUGAUCGGAGUAGGAAAUGCACCAGCCCUGAGGUUGUUAAGCAAAGCAACAGUGAAAAGAAUAGUGAUGCUGAAUGUCAGGACUCCAUACUGGAAGAAAUUGCUAAUCCUUUGAACCAGAAGGAAAAUGUUUGCCAUCUUAAAAAACAUAAAGGUAAAAAUGAUAAAAAUCUUAACCAAGACUGCAGAAACGCAGAAGCUGUAGAAAAAGAUUCUCGUGACAAUAAAAAUGAUUCAGCUAAUAUAUCAACAGAUCUGCAAGAGAAUGUAAGUAAGGAUAAAAACCCAGUGGGAUCAGACAAUGAGGAGACUUGAGCAUUAAUUCGGGUAUCCCAGUUUGCUAAAUCUUUGUUGAAUGUAACAUAAUGGUGUGGUCCUUAACUUGUAUGAAACUGGAGAAGGAAAGGAAAAUCUUGAUACUGGGCCCAGUGCUUAGCCGCUAGGGGGUUAUGUCUUUUUUAAAUUUGUUAACUGUUUGCACUUUUCAAAGCUGUGAAUUAAGCUUAAAAACAACUGCAGAAUAACUCAAGCCUGAGAAUUCUUGUGUUAAGCCUGCUCUCUGCCUAGAAACUAUUGCCUUUUUUAUCCUUUUAUUUCAUCUGACUCUAACAGUCUUUUUUUAAAACUGAGUUAUUUGCCAACUAGAUUUUGAAGGAGCCAUAGUUGGAGUGACUUUUUAGUAAAUAACCAUUUAGCAUACUGAACUUCUCAAUACCUGCCAUUGUUUGAAAGUCAAAAGCAGAUUGAUUUAGGCUACACCCACUACCACCACCAUUUGGACAUAGAAACUGGACCUAGAGACCCAGGUUCAAGUUCUACCUCUCCUAUGAGUCACACUGGAGAGCAAGCUACAUUGUCUCUGCUUAUGAAAAGGGAAUGAUAAUAUACUUUCCAAGUGUUGAGUCAAAAAAAACCCCAGCCAGAUAGCAAAUUGCCUUUUAAGUUUUAAAAUGCUAUAUAAAAACUAGUAGUAUUUGCAUACCAGCACCUAUUGUUCCAGCAUAUUCAUAUAUGGUUUGUCACUGCCUGUACCCUUUGUGUCUCCUCUUCUAUUGCCAUGUCUCCUCUCCCUCUUCUGUUUCCUCCCCUGCAGCUGCACAACUCUGAAAAUCAGAGGAGAAGAUUUUGCCCAUGUUUUAUUUCUGUGUUCAGGACAAUCCCUGGCAUGAGCAAAUAAAUUCACCUAUUUCUGCUUAUAAAGGAGGAUAAGGUCAAGAAAGAGUUAAACACUGCAGAGACAGAGUUGAUGAUUGCCCACUCAGCUGCUAAAGCAGAAGGAAUAUUUUGAGGUUGACCUUUUCUACCUAGAAUUGCAGGUGGAAAUUGAAGAGCCCUGUCUUCAAAGAAAAGAUUCCUGCUUUCUUCACUAUUUCUACCCUUCCUCCACCUUUUCCCCCAAAUCCUACCAACUUCCUCACUUCUUGCCAUUGGGAUAUGCUGGAACAUCCAGGGAAGAGAAUAACUUUAAAUUGCACUAAUGUAUCAGAUCCAGAUACCGCUUUACCCACUUUUAUCCAUGUGCUUGCUUCCCCACCCCUGAAAACCUAGAUUUCCCCCUCCAUGGAAGAGGAAGGAAGAUUAAGUAACUAGGGAGGAAAACUUUGAGACAGGAUGAACUAAGAAGACUUUGCCAGAAUGUCUUCAAAGGCACAGGCCCUCUCCUAGCAAAAAUUUUUAAACCUGUACAAAAUACCAAAGUACUAUUUCACCCCAGGUAGUUUGAACAUCUUUUACCAAGUAGUAAGGAGUAUGUUAUCAAAUGUCAGGUACAGAUGUGUGUUAAAAUGGUUGUCUGUGUGGCUUCUUGACCUCUUCAGUGGGUACUGAAAGCCUGGUUUGAGGGAGGGGCUCAUAACUGUAAGGACUUCAUUUCCCCCUUUCUUAUUCCUAAACAGACUCGAGGAAUCCAGAGUGAAGAGUGAAUGUGCUCACAGAGCAUCUCCAUACAUUUAAGGCAUAUUCUUCCCCACCCCAGGUAGAGAUGUAAGAUUUCUGGAAAUUUUGAAGCCAUGGGGAAAAAACUGCCCCUCCGGCACAGAUUUUAUUCCGGGGGGGGGGGGACAGAAAUUUUGAGAAAAAAUGAAAAAUAUGCUAUUUAUUUGUAUUGCCCUUUACAGAUUGAAAGUCACUUUGUUUCUUUAGGAACAUAAAAUACAUUAUAUAUAACUUUGUUUGCCAUUAAAUGAUCAUGUCUGGUUUAUUAAAA